AUGGGUGUGGGAGAGGUGGUCUACACUUCACUGGAGGUGCUGAUUGCUGUCUGCUGUUGCACGGGCAACACGUUUGUAAUCUGGGCUGUCUGGUACAGUAAAAGUCUGCGGCAGCCCACGUUCUGCUUUAUGGCUUCUCUGGCUGUUGCUGAUGUUUUGGUGGGCUUUGUGGCGAUACCCUUGGCUGUGAUGGUGGAUGGACGGGUGCAGACUUCAUUCCAUUUCUGCCUCUUCAUAAGCUGCAUAGUCAUCUUGCUGACAUUGGCCUCAGUCUUGUCUUUGUUGGCCAUAGCGGUAGACCGCUAUCUUCGUGUAUUCUUUCCUCUCUGGUACAAAAGGACAGCAAAUAUGAACCAUUCUUGGCUGGUGAUAUCAUUGUGUUGGUCGAUUGCGAUAGUGUUGAGUUUCAUACCCAUGCUUGGAUGGCACAACCAAGCAACCCUGACUCGUUCUCUAUCAGUCAACCCCUCCACUAUUGUCUGCCAAUUCAUAGCUGUUAUCCCUAUGUCAUAUCUCGUUUAUUUCAACUUCUUGCUCUGUACCUUGAUUCCUCUGUUGGUCAUGGCUGUAUUGUACUGUCACAUCUUCUGGACAAUCCGUGGGAACCUUCGAGAAAAGCCCGGGAACGUGGCCGAGUCUCAGUCUAAUGCUUACCUAAAGAAAGAGAAACGUUUAGCAAGUUCUCUGUCUCUGGUGCUGGCACUUUUUGCCUUCUGCUGGAUCCCUCUUCACAUAAUGAACUGCUGUGUCUACUUUGGCAGGCCCUCGAGCAUACCACAGACGGCUUUCUACGUCGGUAUCCUGCUUUCCCAUGCUAACUCAGCUGUCAACCCUAUUGUGUAUGCAUUCAAAAUUCAUAAAAUCAAGUCGGCAUAUCUGAGGAUCUGGACGCAACACAUUAUAUGUAGAGAAGACCAGCAAAGAACUCAGACUAGCCAGACUACAGACAACAAUGCCAGUGUCAAUAUUAACUGUGGUGAAAAUGACUUGGGAGGCACUUAA